GUGAGAUGUUCUUCAAAGAGUAUGGCGCACAAUGCAAUUUGUAGGAUCUGUCCUUUGUUGAUAGCUUAAACCUGAGACUACCUUCUGCUCCCUGGCCAAAAUGAACUGGGCAUCAUCAGUGGUCAUUAAUGCAACCAAGAGAAAGAUGAGGACCAAAGUUCCUACAGAAUGUUCUGCUGUGCGUCCCACCUCUUGAUGCUGUUGGGGUAAAACAGAGAAUUUCCAACCAAGAUGGUAAUUACUGGUGGCAAUGAUGAAGAAGACAAGGGAAGUCAAGAGAAGGAAAGUAAAGAAGAAAGCAUUUUGGCGAUGCUUGGGAUUAUUGGGACCAUUCUGAACCUGAUUGUCAUCAUUUUUGUAUAUAUUUAUACAACAUUGUAAAAAAAGAAAACUGGGCCACAGAUGACCCGGCUAUACAGACUUCCACAAGAACUUUGAGGAAUGGACAUUUGUCGACAAGCACGUGGACUAAUGGUUACUUACGUGCAACACAAUAAACUUCAGACACCUUCAUGCUCAUGGAAUGGUAAAAUCAGAGAUAUUAUGCAUCAUUACUACAACAUAAUACAUCAUGGGUGGGAUUAUCUGUACAGAAUCUGGACUACACAACUCAUCUCACAUUUAUGCCACAAUAACUUAUUACGCUCUCUCUCUCAUAUGACCGCUUGAAAGGUAUUCAAAAUUUGACAUAACGGUUUAAAAAAUAAUAAUCUUUUUUUAUUUGCAAAUGUGAUUCUCUGUUUAUAUCA